GCUCCUCAAAACGGUCCGGUUGCGAACGGAUCAAGUUAAUGCAGACACUACCUACACAUACCACACAAACAUGACACGACGCAAGACGACGCAUCACAGCAUCCUCCCCUGUGACUCACCUGCAGGGCAGCGCUCCUGACCCUCCACGACGAGUCGUCGUCUUCGUCGGGCCAGUAGGCAUGAGGGUCGUAUAGGGCCAAAGCCAGCGACUUGUGGAGAAGCUUGUGCAGGUACGGCCUCAUCUGCACACACCACCACCACCACACUACCACCAUACACCACACAGCAGGGAGUAGGUGGGUGUGUGAGGGCAAGGGUACCUACCUGCUGUGUGCAUUUGAUGACGAGUGACUCUAUGGCGGUGAGGCAGCUUUCGAGCAUCUCGUGCACGGCCUCCUUGUCGCCCCCGUCCAUCGCCGUGUCCUCGUCGCUCAGGAACAGGGGGCCAAUAUCGGUUAGGUGGCUGCCGAUGCGGGGCCCCACGUGGCGGCACACCGUCGCCACGCAUUGGAUGUACACCUGCUUGUCCAACUUGGUGCAGUUGGCGCUGCGCACCCUCUGCACCAGCACGCCGAUGAGCCCGUGCAGCUGCUGCUCGGACAUGACCCCUGAGAGCACACCGAUGGACGCGAUGACAUGCUGCGCUGUG